AUGUCGACGGUCGCCGACUCCUUCUUGGAAGACUUAGACGAGCUCAGCGGCGGCAGUAGCAGCGGCAGCGAUGACGACGAGACGACGAGAGUGCCGUCGCAUGCUCCGAACGACGACGUUGUGGUCGAGAGAAGCGGUGAGGCCGACGACGAGCUCCUGGCCGCGAACGUGUCCCGCUGCGAGAGCAGCAAACUCGAGCGUGUGGCCAAUGGGGAGCCGACAACGACACAAGCGAAGGCAAAGGAUUUGACAGCGUCGCUGCAGUUGGUCACUACGAGUCGUGGGGUCGCUGCAGUCGCGUCGCUCAAGCGCUCGCACAAGUACCUGGCACACGUGCAGCAGAUCCAGCAGUACGUGGACCUGGAUGACGCAGCGACGUCGAGGCCUCAGCGGCUGGAAGAAGGCAGUGCCGAGUACGAUCUCGUGGUCACGUCGAACGACCUCAUGGUGCAGAUUGACGACGAUAUUGUGGCCGUGCACCGCUUUAUUGCCGAGAUCUACGCCGCCAAGUUCCCGGAACUCGACGCGCUCGUGCCAAAUGCGCUCGAUUAUGCUCGUGUGGUCAAGGCGGUUGGCAAUGAGAUGGACUUGACGCUCGUGGCAGAGCUGCCGCAGCUGCUCCCGAGCUCAGUGGUGAUUGGCAUCUCUGUGACGGGAUCGGGAACGAGUGGCAAGCCACUUGGUCCGGACGAACUGACGAUCUGUCUGGAAGCUUGUGACGAAUUGCUCUCGCUCGAGAAGGACAAGAACAUGAUUCUACGCUUUGUCGAGAGCCGUAUGAAGUAUUUGGCGCCCAAUGUGUCCCAGUUGGUAGGAACGCGUAUCGCCGCGCAGCUUGUUGGACUGGCUGGCGGCGUGGCAGAGCUCGCACGGAUCCCGUCGUGUAACUUGCAAGUACUGGGGCAGGAAAAGAAAGUGCUGAGUGGAUUCUCGUCGGCUGCAGCGCUGAGACACACGGGUGUGGUGUUUUUCACGGAUCUCGUGCAAAACAUGCCUCCGUAUCUGCGAAUGAAGGCAUGCCGAGCUGUUGCCGGCAAGCUAGCGCUGAUGGCGCGCGUUGAUAGCCAGCCGCACCAGCAUGACACGGUAGGUUUAGUGGGUGCGCGCUUUCGUACCGAGUUGGUCGAGAAGAUGGAAAAGUGGCAAGAACCACAAAAGGCAAAGACGAAGAAGGCAUUGCCUAUUCCAGACGAAAAGCCGAGCCGGAAGCGUGGUGGAAAGCGCUACCGUAAGAUGAAAGAACGACUGCAGAUGACCGAUGUACGGCGUGAAAUGAAUCGGCAGUCAUUUGCGACGGCUGACGAAGAAUAUGGUGACAACGCCAUGGGAAUCACGUCCGGUCGGCUAGGCCAGGAAGGGUCCGGCAAUUUGCGUAUCUUGCGCAAGGAGCAGAAGCAGUCUAGCAAGAAGUUGCGUGCGGCGAGCUACGCGGCAUCGUCUGUGAGCAAGCCGCCGCUGUCUGGGCUGGCAUCGAGCCUUGCUUUUACACCCGUGCAAGGCAUUGAGCUGAUGAACCCCGAGGCUGCGAAGGCUUGCGUCGCCGAGGCAAAUAAGAAGUACUUCUCUGCUGCUAGUGGUUUCGUCAGUGUUGUCAAGAAACCAUGA